AUGUCAGACGAAAUUUCACUCUUUUGCAUUCUCCAUGGGGAGUCUGUCGCAUUCCCAGUGGAUAUCAAUCCUCAAGGAACUAGCAGCCAUCUCAAAAAGGCGAUCAAGAAAGAAAAAGAAAACGCUCUUCAAGACAUUGACGCUGACAAACUCAUCCCUCAUAAGGUCUCGGUUCCUUAUGAAGGCACUACAGUCAAUCUCGCCAAUGUUAAAACAAAGGAGCUACUCACUGGAGCAACAAGCAAGAUCCUCAAGAUAUUUGGUACAUCACCUCUGCCUGAGGAGACUAUUCACGUCAUUGUUCAACGGCCAUCAGCGGGCAGGAAAUUAGCUAGAGAACUUUUUAAGGCACAGUCAAACCCGCCACAAUAUACCACAAUCUCGAUUCCUGGGGGAUCAGGUAUAGGGAAAACACGCGCAGGAUAUGAGCUACAACAUUUAAUCGACCAUAUCGACAAUAUGAAUAUUGAUUUUGGAUUGGGUCAAAAGGAUCUUAAUUUGUUUCGGACAGCUCUCCAGAACGCCUACUACUUAUAUGUCAACCUUAAAAAUGAAUCAAGAGAUGCUGAGAUCCAUUGGUGCGUUCAUGGCGUGGGAAAUCCCAACAAGAAUGCUCAGCACUUUAUUGUUCCAGUUUGUACUGGGGCAUCUACCAUCGACAUGCACUACCUACACUCGAGUUAUGGGAUAUCGUUGAUCCAGCUAAGGCCAUUGAACUAUGAGGCUUCAUUCCAUACUACAUCGAUCUCCUUCUGGAACCAUCAGUCCUUACAAGAGACUUCGACUGGGGGAAUAACCUUUACUCAAGUUGGGAAGGCCGUUGGAGAAGUUGAGAUAGAAGGACUAGUUUUUCUUGUUCAAGUCGAACAACACCCUUUCGGUGUCACAGUUGUAAUGCCGUUCGCGAUGCUGAAGAUCUUCAACCAAAGGUCCUCCCAUGAACCUAUUAUUCCCAACGACCUACUACACGUCCCAACGACCUACUAUACGUCCCAACAAGGAGGAUGCCAUGGAAAUGGGAAGACUUUGAAAAUCUUCUCCCAUAUUAUCAGAAAGCACCUAUCGAAGCUUUGA